CGCCCCCGCCCCCCCCCCGCCGGCCCCCCGCCCGCCGCCCCCGCCGCGCCCCCCCGCCCGCCGCCCCGCCCGCCCCCCCCCCCGCCCCCCCCCCCCGCCCCGCCCGCCCCCCGCCCCGCGCCCCCCCGCGCGCCCCCCCCGCCGCCCCGCGCCGCGCGCCCCCCCCGCCCGCCGCCGCCCCGCGCCCCCCCCCCCCCCCCCCCCCGCCGCCCCCCCCCCCCCCCCCGCCGCCCCCCCCCCCCCCCCGCCCCCGCCCCCCGCCGCCCCCCGCCGCCGCCCGCCCCGCGCCCCGCCCCGCCGCCGCCCGCCGCCGCCCGCCCCGCCGCCCGCCCCCCCCCCCCCCCCCCCCCCCCCCCGCCCCGCCCGCGCCCGCCCCCGCCGCCCCGCCGCCCCGCCCCCCGCCCCCCCGCCCGCCCGCGCGCGCCGCCCGCGCCCGCCGCGCCCCCCCCGCCCCCGCCGCCCCCCCCCCCCCCCGCGCGGGCGCGGACCCGCCGCCCCCCGCCCGCCCCCCCCCCCGCGCGCCCGCGCCCGCCCCGCGCCCGCGCCCCGCCCCCCCCCCGCGCCCGCGCCCCCCCCCCCCCCCCGCCGCCCCCCCCCCGCCCCCCGCCCCCGCGCCCCCGCGCGCCCCCCCGCCCGCCGCCGCCGCCGCCCGCCGCCCCCGCGCCCCCCCCCGCCGCCGCCCCCCCCCCGCCCGCGCCGCCGCGCCGCCCGCCGCGCCGCCCCGCCCCGCCGCCGCCCGCCGCCCCCCCGCCCCGCCCCCCGCCGCCCCCCCCCCCCCGCCCCCCGCGCCGCGCGCCCCCCCCGCCCCCCCCCCCCCCCCCCCCGCGCCCCCCCCCCCCCGCCCCGCCCCCCCCCGCCCCCGCCCCCCCCCCCCCCCCCCCCCCGCGCCGCCCCGCCGCCGCGCCCGCGCCCCCGCCCGCGCGCCCCGCCCCCCGCCCCCCGCCGCCCCCGCCGCGCGCCCCGCCCCCCCCGCCGCGCCGCGGCGCCCCGCCCGCCCCGCCCCGCCCCGCCCCCCCCCCCCCGCGCCCGCGCCCCCCCCCCCCCCCGCCCCGCGCGCCGCCGCCCCCCCCCCCCCCGCCCCCCCAUCCUCACGGUCUCCCUCUGCAGAAAUUUGUGGAGGCCAUCAGUGAUGGACAGAAGUCUUUGACACAUCAACAGCAUGUAGACAGUGUUAAAGUUGCUGAGUUUGGACCUGAAGACCUACAGCCAUUGGUGUUGAAAUGUUGUCAAGACACUGCAGUAUAG